AUGCAAACUAUUAACACUAGCAAUAAACACCAACAACGAAUAGCAACAAAACCUUUAUCUAAAGAACCUAAAAAAGAGAAAGCACAAGAGUUAAUAUGCAAACUACCAACAUCAGCAAUAAACACCAAUAACAAAUAG